AGAAGCCCCUUCUUCAGAAGUCGUUACCAUAGCAACACAACCCGAUCAGGUGGAUCAAUCAUCCUGUUUGAUGUUUAUUUUAACUGUUUACGUCUCAAUAACUGUUAUUAAUACAGUUUUUCAUGUAUGAAGUGGAGUCGUUGUGUGGUCGGGGUGGUGCCGGAGCCGGCUCCUGAGACCCGGUCAGAGUGAGCCCUCUCCCUCCUGCCCUCUUGCAGGAACACGUAGCCGUUAGCGGCAGCUGCUCUCAUGUCUCCCCGCCGCUCGCCGCCUGUUCUCGGCUGUGACUCGGCUCUCUGACAACCUGCUCCCUCCCGGCGCGGCUCUCUCCGCUCCGUAGCGAUGCUCCGGUUCUGGUUCGAGGCGGCGGCGGUGGUCCUGUGGCUUGUGCCCGGGUGUGCAAGCACCGCUGCCCGGCUGUACACGGAGGAGGACCCGCUGGUGAUCCUGAGCAGCGGCAGCCUGAAGCCCACCGUCACCAACUCGUCCUCGGCCUGGCUGGUCCAGUUCUUCUCGUCCUGGUGCGGACACUGCAUCCAGUACUCCAGCACCUGGAAGGCUCUGGCCCAGGAUGUCAAAGACUGGCAUCCGGCGGUGGGCGUGGCCGUGUUAGACUGUGCUCAGGAGGAGAACUUUGAUGUGUGUAAAGAGUUCGGCAUCAAGUUUUACCCCACAUUCAAGUAUUUCAGAGCUCACAGUCCAGAGACAGACAGAGGGACGCCCUACAGAGGUGCGGACAGAGAGAUCCAGUCAGUGCGACAGUUGAUGGUGAACAUCCUGCAGAACCAUACUAAGCUGGACUGGCCGGACCUCUGUCCUCCACUGGAACCAUACAGCUCUGUGGAGCUGCUCCCUCUGUUGGGUCAAAGGUCAGAUCAUUACACUGCCAUCAUCGUAGAGGAACCAGACUCAUACGUAGGACGAGAGGUGGUCCUGGACCUGCUGCAGUACUCAGGUGUUCAGGUGAAGCGAGCUCUGAGCUCAGACGUCCCCCUGCUGGAUGCUCUGAGGAUCACAGCCUUCCCCUCCGUCUACCUGCUGCACCCCAACACCACACACACACACCUGCAUGUUGAGAAGCGGUUGCGUUUCUUCUUCUCCUCCUUGUUGAGGACGUUACCUGGCGUUCAGCGCAGGUCGAGCAGCAGCAGCAGUACUGGUGGAGGCCAGGUUGGGCCAUUGCAGGACAGACAGAGCAGCGAGCCCUGGAGAGACUUCGACAGGGCGAAGGUUUACACGGCUGAUCUGGAGUCAGCACUGCACUACCUGCUGAGAGUCGAGCUGGCGACCCACAACACCCUGGAGGGGGAGGAGCUAAAGGUCUUCAAGGACUUUGUCACUUUGGUCGCAAAGUUGUAUCCAGGUGGGGGUUCUGUGGUGAAGCUAAUGGAGACUCUCUCUGAUUGGCUGCUCAGUCUGCCAUUACCACGGAUCCCCUACCAGGCCGUCCUGGACCUGGUGGACAACAAGAUGAGGAUCUCAGGUGUGUUCCUGGGGGCGGAGCUUCGCUGGGUUGGCUGUCAGGGCAGCAGGGUUGGGCUCCGAGGUUACCCCUGCUCCCUCUGGACGCUUUUCCACAUCCUGACUGUCCAGCAUGAUGCCAUGCCUGCUGCCCUGGACAACACAGGUCUGGAGGGCGAGGCGGCCCCGGUGCUGCAGGUGAUGCGUCGUUACAUCAGGACGUUCUUUGGCUGUGAGGAGUGUGGCCGUCACUUUGAGGCAGCGGCGGCGGUCAGCAUGGAUCGGGUGCAGGGCCGGGCGGAGCAGAUCCUCUGGCUGUGGAACCAGCACAACAUGGUCAACUCUCGGCUGGCCGGUUCUCUGAGUGACGACCCCCUCUUCCCUAAAGCUCCCUGGCCGAGCCCUGCCCUCUGCGCCUCCUGCCACGAGGAGAAGAACGGUGUCCACGUCUGGAACCAGGACAACGUCCUCCUCUUCCUCAGACAGCACUACGGAGCCUCCAACAUGUCCCCCAAAUACUCCCUGACUCCCCCUCGACUCUCCGCACCUCCUCCUGACCCUGAUCCUGAUCCUGUACAGACCGGCCGGCCUCAGGAAGAGCACCAAGGAGGAGGAGGAGUAGGAGGAGGAGAGAGGAAGGAGCCAGAGAAGAGAGUUGAGGAGCAGCUGGAGCCUCGACCUGGGCACCAGGCUCAGAGGGGGGAGCAGCGGAAGGAGGCUGUGGUUCUGGGGGGAGGAGCAGGAGGAGCAGGAGGAGCAGCAGGAGGAGGAGGAGGUGUCUGGAUCCUGGGUCUGGGGUUUAACAGCGUGGACAUGAGUCUGUGUGUGGUGCUGUACGUCUGCUCCUGCCUCUUCCUCAUGCUCCUCUUCUUCUUCUUCAAAGUCCGAUCCAGGAGGUGGAAACUCCGACACUCCCGCCUCCACGUCUGAGCUGGACCAGACCGAUUCAACCCGGAUCGGGUCUCAGUUCUGUGGAGGGUGAAAGUGUCGUGAAAGGUGAAAGGGUCUGGACUCUUCAGGUCUCUCAUGCCUGAGAAAUAUUUGCUUUUUAACCACGUGUUCAUGUAGAGAACUGACUGCAGCGUGUCGGCUGACAUCAUCUGCCUCCGUCCACACCGGCUCCAUUUGAGUGCAACUGAAGGUCAAUUCGAUGAAAUCUAAAGUAUGAAUUGGUUGAAACUCAUUUGAGCUUUUACAAAUGCGCUAAUUUCUGUCAGAAGAACGUCUCGAUCGACAGACUUCCUUUUGUUCUUUAUCGACCUCCUGUUGCAGGUUUUGUGUCCGGAUUCGAUACGUUUUUGAUUUGCUUGUGAUUGUCCUGGUAUGCAGGUUCGAUUCUGAUGCUCUCAGACUUAUAAUUUUUGAAAGUUUCCAUGGUGACUUGUUGACCAUAUUGAUCUGUGGCAGCUGUUUGAGACUUAAGGCAUUUCAGACCGGAGGAACUCAUCGUAGUUCAGCGCCAUAAAGUUACCAACAAGAAAAUUUGUCUUCAUCUGCCAUGAAGAAUCCGAGGUGUCCAUCAGAAGACUGCAGUGUGUUUAUCUCUGGCCAUUUUCAGAGGUUUUUCUUAUUGUCUGAGUUGCUCUCAGACCUCAGAACAAUAAAAGGUUCAUAGCUUUUAAAACCCUGUUUUGAGGAAGAGGAACCACUUGUGACCUGAAUCAGACAGCCAACCUCCAUCUUUAUAAACCUGUAAGUCGCGUUAACAGACACAUCAUGUAUCAGACUUUUAUGGAUUAUUAUCUUCUCUUCAGAACUGAAGACAACACUCACGCUGCUGACCUGCUGAACACGCGGUUAAAAACAAGUUUACCUUUGGCUUAAAGGGCCGGUACACAGAGACCUGUGUUCACCCUCCAGAGACACCAAGAGUUUCCCUUUUACACACCUUGACCAGGUGACCAUGUGACCAGGUGUGUGUCCAGCUGUGUGGACCUGUUGGACUGAAUCGGACCAGAAGCUGGGUGUACUUUGUGCCAAAUGUUGAACCUGCUGACAGACGAAACACCUGUCCUCUCAGGGCCCGCCCCUGUGUGUGUGUGUGUGUGUGUGUGUGUGUGUGUGUGUGUGUGUGUGUGUGUGUGUGUGUGUGUGUGUGUGUGUGUGUGUGUGUGUGUGUGUGUGUGUGUGUGUGUGUGUGUGUGUGUGUGUGUGUGUGUGUGUGUGUGUGUGUGUGUGUGUGUGUGUGUGUGUGUUUGUGUGUGUGUGUGUGUGUGUCUAAACUGUGAACCAUGGACCCGUGCUGAUGGAUAUGUGACGGACUGUGAUGUUUAUUAUUGAUCAGUCAGCUGACCCUGUGUUGUUGUGGUGGGCGUGGCCCCGCCUCCGAUGGCUCCGCCCCCGUGUGGUGGCUAUUGAUUUCAGACAGAAACUGCUCAAAUAUCUAAAGUUCAGAUUCUUUAUACAUAAACAUAUUAUGUAUAUAUAUGUCUCUGAUUUUGUUUAUUUAAUUGAAUUUUGAGUCAAAUAAUGAAAUUAAUAUUCGAGAAUUUAAAAACCUGAUUUUAAAGGAUCCUUUAAAUCUGCUUAUUGAUCAUAAAAAAUAACAAACAUAUUAAACUUUCAAUUUGUUUCUGUAAAAAAAACAAAUGUAUAAAAAUACUUUUUAUGUAUAAAAAUAUUUGAACUGAAGAAAACAUCAAAUGAAAAUAUCAAUAAUUUGUGUUUUUCAUUUAUUCUCAGUUCUGCUGAUAUUUAAACUCUUUAGCCUCAAAAACAAGAAGGAAAACAGACAAACACACAGAUGAAUGUAAAAAAACAGAAAUAUUGUUUUAUAAACUUUGGUUUUCAGAAUAAAAGCACAGUUUGAAGAGAACAACAGUUUUAGAAAUAAAAAGUAUUAAAAUAAUCAUCUCAUCAUGAGACUGUUUUAACUGUUUGAAUCCAUUAAAGUCAACUUUUUUUCCCCGCCCAGAAUAAAACAAAAUAAUCCGACCGGUUAAAUGUCAAAAUGAGAAAAUUUAAAUAUAAACACACAUUUUUUUAAAAUUUUAAAUCAAAGUGAUUUAUUAUCCUGGUUGUGGUUUAAAAAUUUAAUUUGUGUCCAAAUAAAUUAAAACAUUUAUUUAUUUUUAAUCUGGUGUUAAAUGUUGAAAGGAUUUUUUAAAAUUUGAAAUUAACAAACCUGAAAUGUGAAAUACUGAAACUGAAAACAGAAAAUAACAUAAAAUCUGAAACAGAAAUACACAAAAACUUUUCAAACAUGAAGUAAAAAUGGGAACAAUAACAAGAAGUUUUUACAUAUAUUUUUUUUCUUUUUGAACGUUUUAAAAAAAAAUUCAGGUUUUUAAAUUUCACUUUACAAUUUUUUUUAAAAUUAAUUCAGCAUUUAAAUAAUUAAUUUACUGCUCUUAGUUUUUUCUUUCAGAUUAUUAUUAUGGAUCCCUGCAGGAGAAUUUAUGUAAUUUUCUGUUUAAAUUUCACAUUUUUCAUUUCUUUUUUUCAUGUUUCAAUAUAAUUUAUUUUCUUUAACCAUUAUUUUCUCAUGAUGAUGCUCUGCUGUGAACAGUUUCCCUUCAGGUGAUUCUCUGUUUUAUUUAUUUUAUUAUGAAACUGUUCAGUCUGCUGACCCCUAAACACACCGUCCCGCUGUUCCUGUUCUCUCCUAUGAUUGGUUGUUUCACUGAACGUAAAUAAUGUGUGAAUAAAUCUAUUGCAGCUCUCUGA